AGAUGAUUAAACAAGUAUAAAGACUAUGCAAAGAGCUUUCUAUAUAAAUAAAGAUUAUCUAAAUUUCCAUAAUUAGGAUUAUCACAGAUAGACUAAUAAUAAAAGGCAUCUAUUAAAUUGAAGCUUGUGAAAAAAGUUAUUUAAACAACUCAAAAAAUCAAUCGAACAGAUAAAAUUGAUUGU